GAAACAACUAGGGCCUCUCGUUUUAGAAGAAAAGAGAGCAAAAAAACCUUAUCUUUGUGACUUUCGGUGGUGUGUGUGAUGUUGUUGUCGGUCAUGGCGAAGACAGAGCUACGAUCUCUCUCUUUUUCCUCUCUUAUGUGUCUAUCUUCGAACAGAGUCUCUCAGAAACGACCCAGCCACUCUUUAAAACUCCAUUGGAAAAGCUUUGUCCUGUUUUGAUAUCCAUGGCUUUACCUUGGUGCUUAAAGACUGGAGUUUUAACGUCUCCGGCCGCCGGAUUUAAUCAUCCAUCGGACAGUGGCUUCGCCGUUCCGACGAAGUUACUGAGUAUUCGAAAAGGUGAUCGGGAAAGAUUGAGAAUCCAAGCUGUUUUCAGCUUUCCUCCAAGAAACGGUGGAGCCGAGAAGCGGAAACAGCUCAAACAUGAACUUGUCGAAGCCAUUGAGCCUCUUGAACGUGGUGCCACUGCCUCGCCUGAUGAUCAGCUUCUGAUUGAUCAGUUAGCACGUAAGGUGGAAGCAGUAAACCCAACCAAGGAGCCUCUGAAGUCUGAUUUGAUCAAUGGGAAAUGGGAGCUCAUUUACACAACAUCUGCUGCGAUUUUGCAAGCAAAGAAACCAAGGUUCUUAAGAUCGUUAACUAACUACCAAUGUAUCAAUAUGGAUACACUAAAGGUGCAAAGAAUGGAGACUUGGCCUUUCUAUAACUCGGUAACUGGAGACUUGACACCCCUCAACUCGAAGACGGUUGCUGUGAAACUUCAAGUGUUUAAAAUUCUCGGCUUUAUUCCGGUAAAAGCACCUGAUGGUACUGCACGCGGUGAACUAGAGAUUACCUAUGUGGACGAGGAACUACGGUCAGUAGUGAAUGAUAGUUUUUCAUUUCUCUAUGGAACUGACAACCAAAAACAUUUGAAUCUUGAAACAAUGUUCAUUUUUUACAGGAUAUCAAGGGGCAAAGGCAACUUGUUGUUUAUAUUGAAGAUGUUUGAUCCCACUUAUCGAAUCCCUCUCUGAUCUAUCGAAAAAAAUAGUUUCGAGCUAUCAUACAUACUUAAAAUCGCUUGUUCUGUCUCUCUAUUCAUCAUGUAUGUAAAAAUCUAAUAAGAGAGAAUAAAAAGAGACUAGCUUUUGUCAAUGAUUCAACUUGUUUUGAUCGACAUUGCACCACAUUAGAUUAAAAAAGCUCUAAACU